AUACGUUUUAGAUUAUUUACAAGUAUUGAUAACCGUGUUUUGAAAUGAGUUGUCAUUUUCACUCAUAGUGGUAGUUUCCACAAGGACGAUAUUUUUCAGGUGGGAUUGGUAAUCAUGCCUGUAUUCUGGAUUCAUUGCCGUUUGUGUACAUUUGGUCUGUUUUUCAUCGCUUUCUCCGGCCUUGUCUCAGGUUCAAGCAAUCAUUCAUUUGUCAAAGAUGUCGCUUUCAACGAACGUUUGCCGAUUAACAGCGCUGUUUACUAUAUGGAAACAAAUGAUGGUACAGUAAGUCGAUCCCAUUGUGGAGCAAGAUGUUCAUCAAAGGGUUCAAAAUGUGCUGGUCUGCUAUACAACCACCUUACACGGACUUGUCAUGUUCUGAAAUCUCGACUUUAUGAGCGUUCUGUCGACAAAACUAUCGUGAAGGCUGGAUGGGGACUUUUCAUCACAAGCCAAAAUGCUUGUGACCAAGGUUGGCAUCUUUAUGGAGGUCAUUGUUACCUUUACAGAGAAACUGGCAUGUCUUGGACUGAAGCAAAGAUAGAUUGUCAGAUACGUAACGGGCAUUUAGUCAUAAUAGAAACAGAGGAAGAGAAUACGUGGUUAAAAGAGGCGUUUUUACCACUGCUAGAGCACGAUAUUUGUAAUUUAUGGAUCGGAGCCAGUGAUGAAUAUGAGGACGGUGUGUUCCGGUGGCUGAACAAUAAGACUAUGAUUCCAGAACUCUGGAAUCCUGGGGAACCCACUAAUUUUGCCAGUGAGGGGUGUGUGUUGCUGUGUACAACCGGUUUAUGGUUCGACGGAAGUUAUUCAUACACAACUAACUUUGUUUGUGAAAAGGAACUUUAAGCAGAUUGUAAAUAUGUUGUAGUUGUUAUGGUCUAAUAAAACGAAUUACUUUAUCAAAGCAUUGUUAAAAAAGUUUUUAUAUCUGUUGUAUUCAACCGUGUAGUGUUUUGUCAUCAACCGUGUUAGAAAGGGAACUACCUCUUACUAACAAGAGGUCAAUUGGCUUUAACGGUCACCUAAGUAGCAUAUAACUAAUACACAAACUUGUCGAGGAGUCUGAUACAUGCAAAUAAUUAGGUUUCAUUCUGGAGUAGAAAAAUAAUAAAUUUGUAAUGAUGACCACCUCCCUGCCUGACAUCUUUCAAAAAGAACUAUGAAACCUAUAUUUUGGUGAAAAACUUAAAGAUCUGGUCUAAAAAAUCAUGAAUUCAGGUGUUUUUUUUCAGGUGAGUGGGGCAGGAGUAAAGAAGAUAAUUUUUGGUCCUGCCCUAGAGUCAAAACCCAUCACAGGAUGAAUUUUUGCCAUUCAGUCAACUGAUUUGUGACUGAAAAGUGACUGAAUGACAUAGUUAUGCCAAUCAGUCACAUUUCCACUCAGUUAACAUUCAGUUGACUGAAUGGCCGAGAUUUAUCCUGUGCAUAAAAAUUUUAGUAGAGCACUUCCUGGUAAACAUAAUUAUGAACUCGCUUAUAACUCGAUAUUUGACUCUAAAGUUUUGACAAAGAAAUUACAACAUCCAAUUUGACCAUUCGGGACAUUAAAAAUGAAAAACAAAAUACAUUUUGAAAAAUUUGAGCUCAAAUCGCGUCCCUCUAAACUGUUACUACAAAUAGGUGUUACAUGCAAAAAGAUAGUUAAUCGUUUAUAACAGCAAAUAUAAGUUUAUCUUAGAUAUCAAUGUUUUUCAUCUAUAGCAUGAAAAAUUUACAAAUAUGAAAU